AUGGAAGGAAAAGAAGAUGGAGAGGAAAAGGAGAAUGAACAAGAUGGAAAUGAUCGAAGUCCUGCUCAACAAUAUGAACUGUAUGUCCUUAGUGAUGAGCUAAAUGAUAAGCUUAAAUUGUUAAACUAUGAAGAGGAUUAUACAAAUUUGGCUCCAACCUACAGGACUGUUUCUAGAGAAUAUUUUGUGAAAAGUACAAAUAUUGGUGAGCAAUUCUUUAUCUUCACUACAUUAUCUGCAUGGCUCAUCCAGAAAGCUAUCGAUUCGGCAUUCACACUUCCCCAAGAGUUUGAUGAUCCGAAUGGGACGAUUUCAAGUAUUCUGAACGCAUUACAAAGCAAGGAUGUUCCUAUUACUUUUGCACCAAAUGAAUUAAAAACUGGCGCUGGUGAGCAAUGUUUGUAUGUGCUGAACAAACUCGCUGAUUUAGCACUUAUUGCCCGGCACUUUUCUUGGAUCAAAGCGUAUCCAGUGCCAGAAGAUGAUGAGGAAGCGGAUAAGGCUGUUGAUCAAGCUGAAAUUACUGCUGAAGAGUUUGAUGAGAACGGACAAAUUGAUGAUGCUGACGAUGAUGAUAAUGAAAUUGUAAUGGAUCUGAAAGCAAUGCCAUCUUCAAGAAUUACUGGUGGCAAAAAUCAACAGCCUUUGGACCGUAUUCUUCACAGUGAUACAGAUGUGGACUCUUGGAAAAUUGAAGUUGAACGAGUAGCACCACGUCUUAAAGUUACUUUCGAGCAGGAUGCAAAGAACUGGCGAAUGCAUCUGGAACGAAUACGGUCUUUGCAGAAAACAGUGGCGGAAUUGCUAAGUACAACAGAACCGCAUUUGAAGAGAAUUUCAAAUGAGCUUGAUAAAAUAAUGGAAAGAAUUGCUAACAGGUGGAAAUCCGUCCAUGCAUUAUAUCAUUUUAAGAAUUUCUUCGUACAUCAAAACUUUCUUUACAGGGAGAAGCACUUCAACAUCCAACUGGAACCUAUAUUGAUAAAGUUUUGCCUUGCUAAAGAGAGGAUGAUUGAAGCAAAGCAAAAAUACAAGGAAAUCAGUAGCGGUAUUUCGGAGCGUACCCAAAAGCUGCAACGUGUUAGUGAUGAACUGGAACAUAUUAAGCAACAAAUUGACGAGAAAAGCCUCCAGAAUAGCGAUGGAGCUCCAAUGCUGAGGUUGAAGCAAGCUUUGCAAAAGAUCGAAUCAGAAAUCCUCAUAAUGAAUGUUCAAAUCAGCGCUAUCGAACAAUCUCUGCUACAAAGUCAACUUAAAAAUCGGGCCGUAUAUAACGCUUACUUACGGGAUUUGCAUAUUUAAUUGUGGAACUGUUUAAGUUAUAUUAGAAAAUGUACAGGAUAUAAACUAAAAAAUCAGCGAAAGGAACAAGCGUUAUAUAAAAG